AUGGCCAACGAGCUAUCUCAUUUUUUCCGUGGAUAUGCAAAAGUCGAGCUCAGACAUCUUGAAUUCCAAUUUUCACUCUUUGGAAAGAGAGUGUUUGAUCCUUCAAAUUUCAAAAUUCUACAGGAGAAAUUUGAAAACUACGAAUGCGCUCGCGAGGAACCCCAAAAUUUUAUCGCAGCGGUGGUCAGUGAUGAUCUGCUGGAACAAGUCAUCACACAGUCUAAUACCAGCCCUGGCAUUUUGAAGGACGAGACAAAGUUGCCGUGGCUUACUUUUCCGGAUGACAUUCGACUUCUGUGUUUGUACGGAAAACAUCGUGUGGAGGCUGCCCGACACGCCCUUCUUCCCGGUGAUCGUUGGUGGUCUCUUGCUCUUUAUUCAGAAGAUGAGCUCCGAUCCCAGCUCUGCAUUCAUAGAGAUCCGCAGUUCAGCCCUGGGGAUAUCUUUCGUAACUGGAGGCACUGUGAGCUUACUGGGAAUGCCGACACCACUUUCUGGCAAUCAUUGAUAUCUCCUCGUUCUCGCAAAGAUAUCAAAAGGCUGAAAGAAAAUAAUGCGGAGAUCGUGCGCUGUCUUGACCAGUUAAUCGUGUUCCCGGGGCUCUGGGUGGACUUUUGCUUCACUUUCAUUCGACGAAUCUUACAAAUCAGUUGCCCAAAGUCGCACACUAUUUGA